UUAAUACAUGGAGGACACCUUGGACAAUCAAAAAUGAAGAUGUUUGCCUGUUCCUACGUGUGGUGGCCAAACAUGGACAAAGACAUUGAAGCGAAAAGUCGGGCCUGCGAAGCUUGUGCUUCAGUCCCUCACAGGAACGAAAAUGUUCCCCUACACCAAUGGGAAGUGCCAAAACGACCCUGGUACCGAAUCCAUACAGAUUUCAACACCAUGUACUUGGUGGUGAUCGACACGUACAGCAAGUGGCCUGAAGUCACUUUGAUGCCGUCGACCAGAGCUGAGCGGACGGUGGAAGCAUUCAAGGAAAUCAUCCUUGUUCACGGACUGCCGGAGCAGGUAGUCAGCCAUAAUGGACCACAGUAUACUAGUGCCAUUUUUAAGAAUUUUCUAGAGGAACAAGGAAUUCAACACAUCUUAACACCACCGUACCACCCUCAGUCAAACGGCUUAGCCGAAAACUUUGUGAGGACAUUGAAGUCUGCCUUGCGAAAAUUGAAGGGAGAGGAAAAGGAAGGACUGAGACAGUUCCUCCCCAAGUAUAGGGUGACACCACACUCUACGACGAGACAACCCCCAUGCGAGAUGCUAAACAAGCGACACUACAGAACGACGAUGGAUUUGAUCAAAUCAGGCCAGUCGUCCGAUGGUUCUCGUGAGCGGGCUCGCCAAAAGAGCAACUACGACAAGAGAAGUCGCGACCGGACAUUUCAAAUAAAUCAGAAAGUCUGGAUGCAGGAUAGGUUAAAGAAGAACCAUUGGAUCGAAGGUGUGGUCGUCAGCCAAGAAGGACGGGUUAUGUUUGAAGUAGUGACGGAAGAUCACAAGCGACACCGGGUACAUGCAGAUCAGACGAAGAAACGAAUCUGCGAAGAAGACUGA